CUUGGGCCGACAACAAUACAAAAUUGUUUCUUCUCUCGUCUGGUUCAGCGGGAGAGAUUUCUUCGCAGAAGAAUAUCAGCGGCCGGAGAUGAAGGCAAAAAAUUAGGAGAAUGGGACACUGAAAAGCCUUUCGCCACCAUUUGAAAGCAGUAAAUCUCAUAUGGUGACACAAAUCUUCGUCGUUUCUUACAAGGAUUGAAUUGAGGAGUAAAUAGCACAUGCGCUUAUCGUGGAAAGUGUUUUGUUUUGGGGUAUGCACAAUACUUCUUCUCUGGUUUUGAAGGUUCGCAAACAAUGUUGUUGAGUGGAAAGGCCCUGCGGAAGAAAGCAAAGAAGCUUGAGCUGAAAGCAUUAGAGGAGAGUAAAAUAAAUGGAGGACAUAUGGCUGAUCUGAACCAAAUGCUUUGUGGUUUUUACGUCAGUCAUUGUCCUCAAAGAGUUGAUUAUCAUCAUCGGAGAGAGCUGGUUCGAAUCUUCAAUCAAAUAGCAAAGGAAAUAUAUGGAAAUCCUAAUGACUCACCUUCUGUCGAGUGUUUUGGCUCCUUUGUAAUGGACAUGUUCAGCGCUGGAAGUGAUCUAGACUUGUCUAUCAAUUUUAGUGGCAAUGCAGUUGAACUUUCCAGAGAUAAGAAGAUCAAAACCCUGUGGAAAUUUGCAAAGAAGUUAUACUCUCUACAAAGCCAGGGUCAUGUUUAUGGCAUUCAAACGAUCAUGACUGCUAGGGUACCAAUUGUAAAAGUUAUCGACCGAGGAACUGGGAUUGAAUGUGAUUUAUCUGUUGAGAACAGGGAUGGCGUUGCCAAAUCUCAAAUUGUUCACAUUGUCUCUGCACUUGAUGAAAGGUUUAAGAAGCUAAGUCUUUUGAUGAAAGCUUGGGCCAAAGCUCAUGACAUAAACAGUUCCAAAGAUCGAACCCUGAACUCUCUAUCAAUUAUAGCAUUGGUUGCUUUUCAUUUGCAGACUCGAGAUCCUCCUAUAUUACCUCCAUUCUCCCUUUUUUUUAAAGAUGGAGCUAAUCCUGCUGCUGUUAGGAAGGUAGUCCAAAAUUACUUGGACUAUGGUAUAAGGAAUAAAGAGUCUUUGGCUGAGUUGUUUAUCACACUAUUUGUCAAGUUGUCAUCAAUUGAAAAACUCUGGGGCGAAGGUCUCUGUGCCAGCUUGUAUGAAGGAUCUUGGAUUUCUAAAGCACCAAAUCCUCAGCUUGGCUUAAUAAAUGUUGAGGAUUUUACAGACCGGACUCAAAAUGUUGCAAGGGCUGUAGGAAGCAAAGGAUUUAAAAAGAUAUAUCGAUGCAUCCACCAUUCUUUGUCGGAUCUUUUGGCUGUUCUGGAUGGUCAGACACCCUUGACCAAGUUAAAGGAACUUCUGUUUGGCGUGAAUACUGUAUCUAGUACUAGGAAGAGAGCUGCUGCAAAUGAGAAACAUAUAGCCGAGCUUCCUGUUCAUCAGAAAUCCCAACACAAUAAAAGGAAGCGGUUAGCUACAAAUAUUAAAAAUAAUGCAGAGCUUCAUGGUCACCAGAACUCUCAACAGAAUAAGAGAAGGCAAUCAGCAGAAGGUUGGGUAGUACCGCAGCGUUUAAAGAAACUGAAAGGAAUGCAGCCUGCUGAAAGUUGGGGAGGAAAUCGGGAUGCAGGAGGAUGGGAAGGAGCCAAGCUUGGAAGUGGUUGGGGAGGAAAACAGCCUGCGGAAAGUUGGGGAGGAAAUCGGGACGCAGGAGGAUGGGAUGGAGCCAAGCUUGGAAGUGGUUGGGGAGGAAAACAGCCUGCGGAAAGUUGGGGAGGAAAUCGGGACGCAGGAGGAUGGGAUGGAGCCAAGCUUGGAAGUGGUUGGGGAGGAAAACAGCCUGCGGAAAGUUGGGGAGGAAAUCGGGACGCAGGAGGAUGGGAUGGAGCCAAGCUUGGAAAUGGUUGGGGAGGAAAACAAGAGGUUUGGGGACGAACUCAGCUUCCUAAACAUUGGAGAGAACCGCAGCUUGUGGAAGGAGGGAGAUGGCAAACAGGAAGCUGGGGAGGAGCACGUCUUGUGGAAGGUUUUGGGGUAGCACAGCCAGCAAAAGGUUGGGCGGAGAAACGGCCUUUGGAUGGAAGCUGGGUAGGAACACAAGGUUGUGGGGAGGUACAGCCAACAAAAUUGUGGGGCGGGAAAUGGUCUUUCGAUGGAUGGAAGCAAUCGUUGGCUGGUUGGGGAGGAAAGGGUGAAGUGGUUGGAUGGGGAGGGAAAGCACAAAGUUUUGUAGGGAGAAGUACUAAUGCUCAAUACGCUCCUCCACACCCUUGGGAAAAAUCUCGAGGUAAUUUCAGCUUAGGUGAUGCAGUAUACUUUGACCCUCCAAAGUUUGGUCCUGUCCCAUCUUUCAACCCAACAGGUUUCCAUAUGGAUCUCCCAAAGAACUACCUUUUGGCCCACGAGAUAGAGCCGAUUUCAACCCACCAAACAUGGGUUGGUGUUGACGAUCACAAUCAAAUACAAAGGAGAUAAAAAAAGCUCCAUUUAUCUCUUCAGAACUGAUGGGAGCAAGAUGAAACCUGCUAUGAUUUCUAAGUUUCAAAGGAAACAAUGGUUUUUGCAGUUUAUCCUGCGAAAACAACGGUAUUCUCCCUGGUACCUUUUGAAUUUCACUUGGUGGAAAUCAUGUUAGAGGCAGCGUUGUGAUGCCAUGUUUAGCCUAGCGACAUGAGAAGCAUUUGCAGGUCAGCCUGCCAUGGUUAUGCAUUUUUUUUGGGUUGAUAGUUCUCAAAAAAUGCAUUUUACAGCACUUGAUAGUUUUGAAAUUCACCAAGUGGAAAUGUGGAAUCAGGUUUCAAGCAGCAUUGUAAAGCUUGAUGUUUUACUAGUGAUUUCCCAUGUAUUUGCUAGUGAGUAAUUAUCUAUGUGAAUUUACAGGAAUUCGCUGAUGCUGAU